AUGCUGGCAACGGGCACGCUGGGGAGUGCUUGGUCAAUUCCGACCAAGCAGGGCGCUCUUCGAGCCCACUUCCUAUCUGACGAGUACCUGGAUGGUCUCGACAUGAACCCUACAGAGACUCAGUACAAGCUGGAGGCUCAGGCGCAAGUGCCCCUGUACAAGCAUUCGGCAACAGGCGUUAUAAUAUGGCGCCGGGCCAUUGAAUUGGCAUCGUCAAGGUACCGUUCCGAUGAGGGCACGCUCUUGUUUCACUACACCACAAAGGGUAACUUCAUGGCGAUUUGUUGUGCAGCGUAUCUUACUCCAGAACUGUGGUCGGCCUUGAAGGAUAUUGAUGGAUGCGUCCAUGGCUUGUCCGAGGAGCCGGAUCAGCUCGAUACAAAGGAGAUCGAGGCCAAAGCGUCCGACGGCAAUGGAGCGUCGAUGUCCGUUCGGCCAGUAGCGAGUGGCAUCCCGUCUAAUGUAUCGAAGUAUUGCUUGGUGAUCAAGGUGCCAAAGGACAUGGUUCAAAAGUCACCGGGACAAUCGAAGCACCAGAUGUGGAAGAUCGUGUGCCCAGAGGAAGCAGCGUGCCUAAAGUUGGCAGCUUCGAAAAGCGAGCAGCGCCUACUGAGAAUAUUGGAGGCGCGCAAAGCUGCUCUGGGUGCUGAACAUCCUGAGACUCUAAUUGCGUCAAACGACUUGGCGGCUUUGAUUGUUGCACAGGGCCGAUUUGCUGACGCAGAGCCUUUGUACAGACAGACCUUGCAGUGUUUGCAUGCACGGCUAGGUCCCGAGGACCCUGACACACUGCGAACGGCUUGCAACCUGGCUGCUUUGCUGGCUGCCCUUGGGCAAACCUGUGAGGCAGAGAAGCUGUACCGUACAAGCGCGAAGGGUUUGGAAGCACAACUGGGACCUAAGAACUUGGACACGCUGUAUUGCCAAAGCAAACUUGCUCAAGUUUUAAAGACAAGAGGUUAUGCACAGGAAGCUGAGCAACUUCUGCGAAAAGUCGUGCGAGGCAUGAAAGAAAAACUCGGAGCACAGCACCCAGACACGCUCUGUAACUGUGCUGCGCUGGCCUCUGUAAUGGAAGUCCUUGGUCGUGCGCAGGAGGCUGAGCCGGUACAAAACAAAGCCCUGGAAGGUUUCAAGGCACGCUUGGGAGAAAGCCAUCCGGACACGAUCGAGAGUGCCAUGGGUCUUGCAUCCAUCUACAGUGCUCGUGGGAAGCAUGAAAUGGCCGAGCCCUUGCUUCAGCAAGUGCUGGAGUGGCGAGAGAGGAAGCUGGGCCAUUUGCACCCAGAUACGCUUACAACGCUAGAGCGCUCCGCUGAAACUGCAAUGGUGCUGGGCCGCCUGAAACAGGCGGAACAGUACCAUUUGAAGAUCAUCCAGCUACGUCAAUCGUCACUCGGGUACGAUCACCUAGAAACGCUUCAAGCAAUGUCCAAUCUCGCCUACAUGUACAAAAUGCUUGGGCAGUUGGACAAGGCCGAGCCUUUGUACAGACGUGUGCUUGCAAGCCACGAGAACCAUCUUGGACCCUCGCACAAUGUAACCGCUGCCAGUAUGGCAAACCUGGCUGAGCUUUUGAAGGAGAAGGGGAGGCUUGAGGAGUCUGAAGUGCUGUAUCGCCGAGCGCUGGAAAGUCGUGAAGCAAAACAUGGCCGACUGCAUCAUGACACGUUGCAGACUGUCAAUGACUUGGCUAGCUUGCUCCGUCUCAAGGGCGCCUAUGAUGAGGCGCAGUUGCUUUAUGAGCGAGCAUUGGCUGGGCGAAAGGCUUUGCACGGAGAGGACCAUGUGGAGAUCUACAGAGUCAAGAACAACUACGCUUUGCUCCUCAAGGACCGGGGCGACAAAGCCCGAUUUGACUACCAGAAGGCUGAGCAGCUUUAUCGAGAGGCCAGGGCAGGUGCCACUUCAAAGCUUGGCCUAGAUCACCCAGACACUCUCACGUUUGAACACAACCUUGCAGCCCUGCUUGGUCCAUCUUCGGAGGAGGCUGAGGAACUCUACAGACAUGUGGUCGCUGGACGAGAGAGGAGGCUUGGCAAAGAGCACCCAGACACGCUGCGCAGCAUCAGCAACUUGGCCUGCCUUCUGGAGUUCAAGGGGGACACGCAGACCGCCCACACAAUGCAGAACAGUGCUUACAAGGGACUGCAGAAGAGGCUUGGUGAGGAUCACGCUGAGACGCUGACCUGCAUGAACAACUUGGCGAGUCUCCUGAUAACCUUGCAGCAAUUUGGUGAAGCCGAACGUUUAUGUCGGCGGACCCUCAAGAAGCGGGAGGAAAUCUUUGGCACUGAUCACCGCGACACUUUAACAUCAGUCAACAACUUGGCAUACCUGUUGAAGGCCAAGAAGAUGUUUGCAGACGCUGAAUACUACUAUCGCCGGGCACUGGAUGGCUUCACGAGAGUAUUAGGUCCUGAUCAUCAAGACACGCUGCACACGGUCUAUAGCUUGGCCACUUUGCUGGAGGCUCCCCCGCUUACCUACACGCUGAGACUUCCAAAGAGAGGAAGGGCUGUGAGGCCUUUUCAGGCCAUGGGCCGCUUCAGUGAGGCAGAGCCCAUGACCCGGCAGGCGCUGGAAGGAUUCAGGAGUAAAUUGGGAGCGGAUCAUCCGGAUACGCUGCGGAGUGUUCUGCAUUUUGCAGCGAUGUUGCAGGCGAAGAAGCGGUUCCAGGAAGCGGAAGAUCUUUGCCAAGAGGUGCAUGACCGAUUCCAACAGGAAUUUGGCUUGGACCACCCAGACACCAUGACAGCGGAGGAAUACUUGGCCAACACGCUGGAGGAAGAGGGGCGCAUGGAUGAGGCCAUGAAGCUUCGGCGCAACGUGAUGGAGUCAAGGGAGCGAGUCUUCGGCCCCUUGCACUGGGAUACGCUGUGGAGCCUGGACCGCUUGUCACACCUUUUGCUGGCCACAGGGCACAUAGCAGAGGCUGAGGUCAAACAACGGCAAGCAGUAGAGCGAAGAAGGCAAAAGCUCGGCACAGAUCAUGUGGAGACGCUGCGGAGCUCCAGAAUCCUGGCCGAGUACCUGAAGCUGCAGGAUAGCAAUCAAAAGCUCGAGGAAGCUCAUCAAUUGCUGCAAAAAACAAAGAAAGAUGAUCAGCAGCUGCUUGGGGUAGACCACAGCGAGACCAUCAAGUGCAUGCAGACGCCGCCCUUGCUGCAAUCAGAUGCAGUCAAUGCCGACUUUACCGUGGUUUUGUUUCAAAGGUGGCUGAAAAAGUGUCAUGUAGUGCUGCCAGCCACGGGCAUUUGGAGAGAGGACAAUUGUGAAGACCGCUUGCUCAUCGAGGAGGUGCGCACGGCACAGCUACGCAUGGCGCAUCGAUUUAUGAAUGUGCUAGCAGCCUUGGCGAACGGCACCACUGCGCUCUAUCAGUCGAACAUUCUGCGUGAGAGACAGAGGUGGAUGCCAACUGAAUUCAUUCUGUGUUUGUUGCCGAUAUCGGCAAUGGCUACUUUCCACUUAGCUUUUCCAAAGAUGGUGACCCGACAGACAGUGAACUGGCUCUACUGCUCUGGGAUGGCAUGCGGUAUGAUAGCCCUGUCUCCCAUUGGCAGCCCUGCUUUGGAGAUGGGAUCGCUGUCAUUGUCCCUCGCAUACACUGCGUUUUUCCGUUUGCCAGCAGUCACCUUAGCUACGCACACCUCAGUUGUCAUAAUUUGCAACCUGGUCUCCUUUGCGCUGCUUCUGGCCCGGGCCUUGUCAGAAGGAUUCCUGGUUGAGAAUCGAAGUGCUGCCCUUGCAACCGCAGUUUGGGUUGAAGGCUUGUCUUGUGUGGUGGCGGUCCUUGUUUGGGGUUCUCUGCAGCAAGCGCUCCGAGGGGCCGCUGCCCACCGCUUGCACCAUCGGCAGGUGAAGGCGGAGCUCAGCGCAGCGAGCUCUUUGCUUCGCUUGACUUGCGAUGCCGUCUUGGAGCUCGAUCCAAACCUCCGCUUGACCAAGCACUCCCCGGAGCUGGCGGCGGUGUUGCUCAGAGAUCGGCCAGGAGCUUCUUUGGAAGGUUCACACCUAACAGACUUUAUGCCUGCUGCUGAAGCCGCGCGGGCCAAGGAGAUCCUUGCGAGAGUUGAUGAGGAUGAGAACAAAGACGGUGCCACUUGUGCCAGCGCCUUCCACACACGUCUUGUGGACACGUGUUCCAGCCGCUUUCGCACAGAAGUUUUUCAAGUGCGGUACCAGCAGGUGGAUGGUCAAGUUCGUCACCUCAUUGGCCUCCGGGACUUUACAGACCAACAGUCCCUGGCACGCAAAGCGACCGACGAGAUCUGUGAACCAGAAGUGCCGAAGCCUGCAGAGACGGCACAUAGCCCAGACGAAGAGAGGAAACACGACUUCGAGGAUCUUCUAACACUGUUGGAAGUCGACCUCGAUUGCAUGCAGGUGAGCUCGGCAUCUUCUUCCCUCGCCUGGAUGGCUGGGAAAGACCUCGGCGAGGUGUUUAGUUCAGAUAGCGCCGAACUCUUUCAGAGAGCUCGCCCUGAAGUCUUGCUUCUUGAAACCCAGCGAACGCUUAAGAACAAGACACUUCACUUUGGCAACCUGAAGCUUCGCUGCGGAGAUUCUUAUCACACGAUUGCUGGUGCUAUGGAGCCAAUGCGCAGCACCUCCCGCUUGCGAAUGGCCCUAUGCUUCCAAAUGCCUGCGUCCUUAGGCUUUGCGAUCAAAGCGCGUGGAACACCCUCCAGUGGGAGCUCAGCUGACAGUUGCAGACUGAACGACCUCUCCUUGUAA